UCGAAAGAAAGUGAACGCUGCGCUGGUCUCAGGAGGGCACGAAGCGACCAAGUUGUGGUCGCCACUCCGCCAGUUCAUAUUCAUCGGGACAAGACAACGCGCGCUCGUCUUGCCGUUAUAAACACACCAACUACUUGCGUUAUAAUAAUAUAAUGAAUCGUGUUUAAUAAAUAAAUUAAAAUGGAUUUGUUACGCGAAGUUAGUGGUCUUAAUAAAGUAGUGGUUGCACGUCACAUAAGUGCCGAUAAGACUUUUCCAGUGGCUCAUAAUGCUAUAAACAGAACAGCCCUCUGCUAUAGCUACAGCCAUCAGCCUGAUUUUGAAUCUUAUUUUAUAGCACUGAGCCCAUACAUCUGGGUGUUAUGGAUAUGUGGACUGGCGGUGUUGAUGGCCACAUGCAUUUUGUUUGUUGUAACAAUACGUGCAGCGUGGCAGCACUGGAGACAGAGUUCAACAAACGUCACUGUGGUUUUGGCUGUCUACCCCAUUGUGGCAUCGUCGGCAUUCUUAGCUAUAGUCCUCCCUAGGUGCCGGAUUUUGGCCGAAGCUAUAGCUCAAGAGGCCGUGAUGAUAGCCAUGUGCCACCUCUACAGCAUGAUAAUCACGGAAUGUGGAGGGCCCGACCAGCUUAUCAGGCGAAGCUCUGAUGCCAGACUCGAGACCAGAGUUUUGCCGUGUUGUUGCUGGCCUUGCUGUCUGAUACCAAGACCUAAACUUCAAAAACGAAGCCUGGUAUUCAUGAAAUGCCUGGUUAUGCAAAUGCCUGUUAUUCAAGCCCUCAUUUAUGUCGUAUUACUCGCUCUAUUGGCCGAAGAUAUGAUGAUAUACCACGAAAGCUCCAUAUACUUUCAACCAUUUAUCGCUGCGUCUAUUCUGACCGGCGUGUGGGGAGUGAUAAUGUGCGUCCGCAUGGCGGAAACGGCAGGCCAUAGAGUCAGGCCCAGGUUUUUGGCAAUCCAGCUGGCACUCAUAAUCGUGAAAGUGCAAAGUGGCUUUGCGAAGUUCUUACCAGAACUUAUUGAGAUUCCAUGCGUGUCAAGCAUAAAUCCUUCGGUGUUUAUCAACAUGAUACAAAACGGCGUCAUGUUGCUUGAGAUGCUGUUAUUAUCUAUCUGGGCUUGGCGACUGUACCGGGUCGCGCCCGGCAAGAACUUGGACAGACCACAAGUUGUUGUCGCAGUAUUGGACGAUAGUAUUAAACCUGUCGAUCCUAAGACUAUGAUUGGCCUGGAGAACAAGUCAUUCAACGAACGAUACAAAUAAACAAGAUUUCACUACAAACUGUGAAAUCAUCACCAAUCUGUAUUCAGCUUUAAUUUAACGUAAAUUAUUUACACUUUAUAAUAUGAUCUUACCGAGGCUAAAUUCAACAAAUCUGUAUCUACUUAAGAUAUAGUUGGGGCUGGAGACAAAUCUGUAAUACUUAAUUAAGAAUAGAUUACGUAAAUGUCGUUUAUAUACUUUAAGACAUCGAAAUAAACGAUUCUUGUAAAUAAAUACUUAUAAAAAUAGAAA